AUGACGGCCACGAAAGCGACUCUGGGGCAGCCGUCCGACCUCGGCCGCCGGGAUUCCAUGACGGACGGCGGCGAGGAAGGCAAUUUGUCGGACGACCAGAUGAUUCCGGACCAGGACGAUGCCCAGGCCGUGUUGCAGCCGGCCAUGAGCGCCGCGGCGAGCCAUCUGACAUCCUUGUGGACGCCGGCCGUCGAGAAGGAGGCUGCUAUGCAGCGCCGGGGGGCCAAUGGCUUCUUUGAGGAGCCGGAGCUUAUUGUAUCUGGUGACGACGACGGAGACGGAGACGGAGACGGAGAUGGAGAUGGAGACGGAGAUGGAGGAGAUACGACGCCCAGGGCGGCAACCUCGCCCAAGUCGACCUCGCCUCCACGCAUCCCGAUACGGAAGCCCACCAUCCAGCUGGACUCUGUGCCUUCACCCAAGAGCGAAGCAAGACGAUAUGCUCCCCCGUCUCCGUGGAAGUCGCAGCAGCCGAGCAAGGACACAAGGCCCCUGAGCGACGCUCGCGGGAUCCUGCACGCUGCCUUUGAACCCACACGCCAGCGGUCUAGGUCAGCCGGCCAGGAAGCCUUGAAGAAGCUCCAGCAGGCAUUUCCAUCGCUCAGCACGCCGUCCAACUUUCUCCCGUCGCUAUCCAGGCCAAGGUCCUUCCUGUCGAGCUUCACCGACGGCAAGCAUCAGCGCAGUCGCUCAGUCGCCUCUCGGCGCCGGGGCCACGCCUCCUCUGCAUCUCAUUCACCAUCCGACUCUCCUCCUCCGCCUCACAGCUCGGCAGGUGCCGGCGCCG